CCCAGCCCCCACCCAGAGCUGGCAGGGGAGGGAGCUGGGAAGCUGACAGAAGAGGAAAUUCCCCGGGAACCUGUUUCUCUGCUUCCUGGCCCAGCUGGGGCACCCACUGGAGGGAGAGGCCAGGCUAUGGCCUCAGCCCUAAGCCCACCCCGGGUCCCCAAACACAAGGGUGCUCUACCCUCACACUACUAUGAGAGCUUUCUGGAGAAGAAGGGACCCCACGAUCAGGAUUACAAGAAGUUCUGGGCAGGCCUCCAGGGUUGCACUCUGUAUUUCUAUAACAGCAAUCGGGACUCCCAGCACGUGGAGAAGUUAGUCCUAGGAGCAUUUGUGAAGCUCACGGAUGAGGUGCCCUGGGAAAGCUCCGGAGACCCUGGUAUCUAUUUCAGCCUCUUCCUCCGGAACCAAGAGAUCAAGUUCAAGGUUGAGAGCCUGGAGUCUCGGGAGAUGUGGAAAGGCUUCAUCCUGACGGUGGUCGAGCUGCGUGUCCCGUCCAACCUGACCCUGCUGCCCGGACACCUGUACAUGAUGGCCGAGGCUCUGGCCAAAGAGGAGGCGCGCCGCGCGCUCGAGCUGCCCUCCUGCUUCCUGAAGGUGAGCCGGCUGGACGCGCAGCUGCUCCUGGAGCGCUAUCCCGACUGCGGAAACCUGCUGCUGCGACCCAGCGGGGACGGCGGGGACGACGUGUCGGUCACCACGCUCCAGACGUUCAACGGGACGUCGGUGGUCCGGCACUACAAGGUGAAGCGUGAGGGCCCCAAGUAUGUGAUCGACGUGGAGGAGCCGUUCUCCUGUGCCUCACUCCACUCAGUGGUCAACUAUUUCGUGUCACACACCAAUAACGCGCUGGUGCCCUUCCUGCUGGACGAAGACUACGAGAAGGUUCUAGGCCACGUGGAGGCGGAUAAAGAGAAUGGCGAGAGUGUAUGGGUGGCAAGCUCGACCCCCGCGGCCCCCAGCCCAGGGCCCACACUGGCCUCGGGUGGCCCCAAGAAGCUGCCUCCCCUGCCCAUCACGCCUGUGGCAAGCCAGGACAGGUCACCCCCACUCCUGAACCAGGACGAGAACUAUGUGAUCCCCAUCGGAGACGACCCAGCUGCCAACUACAUGACUGGGGAUGUGCCUCCCCCCAGUCGGUUGGUCCCGAAGCCCAGGAGGUUGGCAAAGGUUCAGGCCAAGCCUCUAAAGCCACCUGUUGCCCCCAAGCCAGAACCCAAAGUCCUCAACAGCGGCCUGGCCAAGAAGCUAGCGGUGGGCUCAAUGCAGACUCUCUUCCCCACAACAGCCCCAAAGCUGGCAGAUUUGACAGCAGAGCUGGAAGAGAAACUGCAGAGGAGACGAGUGCUGGAGCACUGAGGCGUAGGCACCGGGGAUCCAUGAGCCGCUCUUCGGCUGCGGAAGUCAGCCAGG